GGUCUUCUUGUGGGAACUCUGGAUGCAGUUUUAGAUUCAACUGCUAAAGUCGCUCCAUUCAGAAUUCUUCAUCAAACCCCUGACUCCCAGGUCUACUGGUCCAUUGCUUGUGGCGCUAGCCGAGAUGAGAUUUUAAAGCACUGGCAGUGGCUGGAACAAAAUGUUAUGAAGACAUUGUCAGUAUUUGACUCAAGUGAUGACAUCACCAGUUUUGUGCAAGGCAAAAUCAGGGGGCUCAUUGCUGAAGAAGGAAAGGGCUCAUUUGUAAAAGAAGAGGAUCCUGAAAAAUUUCGUGAAGCACUGUUGAAAUUUGAAAAAUGCUUUGGAUUGCCAGACCAGGAGAAGCUGGUGACUUACUACUCAUGCAGUUACUGGAGG